AUGAUAGCUAAGCAGAUGGGCCUUCCAGCGCACGCGGAGGACCCGGACGCGGAAGAAGAAAGACCAGAGGGCGAAUGCGUAGGCUUUGGCUACGUAAUCUUCCAAGGACAGACAGAAAUUGGCCGCGGAUGCGGUCAACUAGAAUAUGCAGAAGUCUUCGAUGCGGAGGCGGAAGGGGCACGGCAUGGUCUCAAGGCCGCGGUGGCGCUCUUCCCGGAGGCACAAGCCCGGCCACACAUCACAGUAUGCCUUGAUAACACGUCCGUAAUUAGAGGGCUCCGCGGAACCCCAGCUGCGUCGUCACAAGCGGCUUUCCUCGACUUCCGGGCCACCUGCAAAGGAUAUGGUCCUGAUCUGGUCAGCGUCCGCUGGGUUCCCGGCCACAAGGGCAUCACGGGCAAUGGGAUUGCUGACGAACUCGCUAAGGCGGGUGCUGAAGGAGGAGAGGUAGUCAAUGAAGGCUUGGCUACUCUUGCGCAUUCAAGACGGCUCGCUAAGAGAGAGGCGCGUACGGAUUUCAAGGCGUGGUGGGCCGCGAACAAGCCAGAGUCGUAUGCAGACUACCGGCUGGGGGUCUCUACCAAACCUAACGACGAACUAAAAGAGCUGGACAGACGCUCUUUACACCACCUCCUCGCGGCCAGGUCUGGCCACGGGGAUUUCAAGGACUACCACGAGCGCUUCGAACACGAGGACGCCCUGCUAUCGUGCUUCUGUGGAAGCUGGAAGAAUCCCUUCCACCCCUUCUUCUGCAGGAAGGCACAUGCGGUUUCCCCGGUCACAGGCGAAGCAGCUACGCGGGAGAACCUCUCCCUUGCUAUCGGUAUUUACUGGCAACAAUUUGUUGCUAGAAUCCAGACCUCGCACUUCUUUUCGUGGACUUGCACAAGGAAGGCUUGGCGCCGGACACUCUGGCAGAAGCACACUGACGACGGAGGCAUCGCUGACAACUUCACCGGGUUCCUACGGGACGAAGGGGUAGAAAUUGGCCAAGGCCAUGAGAUCGAGAGGGUUACGGUGGAUUUGGACAGGCUAGUUUACCGCGUAAGGAGACGGGAGGAGGCUUUGCGGGAGGGGGAGAGCGAGAGCGAUAGCGAGAGUGGAGAGGAGUGA